AUGGUUCGACAAAGGAUAGUAGAACUUGCACAUAAUGGUGUUCGUCCUUGCGAUAUAUCCCGUCAAUUGAGAGUAUCACACGGAUGCGUAUCGAAAAUCUUAUCCAGAUACUACGAAACGGGAUCGUUCAAAGCCGGUGUUAUAGGUGGUAGUAAACCAAAAGUAGCAACUCCUCCCGUUGUGGAUGCCAUAGCAAACUACAAAAGGGAAAAUCCUACCAUGUUCGCAUGGGAAAUAAGAGAUAGACUGCUAGCAGAAGGAAUUUGUAGUCAGGACAACGUUCCUUCCGUUUCUUCUAUUAAUAGGUAA